AUGGAGUACCCGGUGGGGGCUCAAGGUCUGAAGCCUCGUCGCCCAUCAAUUCUCAUCGGACAGCGAUCACUUGACGCUUAUCAACCUGAAGAAGGGGGAAAUGCUGGUGGCACCCGUUUCGUCCGUUGGGUCAUUUCAAUCUACAGUCGUUGGGGCUUCAUUAUCGCGAAAUAUGCCUGGUGGAUGAUCUUUAUUUGUCUCACGAUCUCCGGGCUGAGCCUCUGGAAAAUCGUCACCACACCACAACAAAAUGAUAUCACUGGCUAUACACCGUACGGAGCAAGAGCAAACGAUGAAUACGAGCAAUAUCAGAAAUUCUUUUCAGCAGAAGGUCUUCCAAUUGCUACUUACAUCUUUGCAGUAGCAAAAGAUAAUGGAAGCAUGAUAAGAGAGAGUCACUUGCAAGAAGUUGUCGAGGUUAUGAAUUUCGUCUACAAUAACAUCACGAUGUACAACAGUGAAGAGGGAAAAUAUGAGAACUUUCAAGUGUUUUGCAAAUCUUUUUGCCAAAUAAACGAGCCAGUUCGACAAUAUUAUAACGGCUAUAUCAUUUUAAAAGACCAACUCGCGAAUGGAGAAGAGCUGAACUCGAGAAUAAAAUUGCAAUAUCCAAUCACGGAAAUGAUGGGUCAACAAUUCAGUUUACAGCCAAACUUCUUCGGCAUUGAGAAAUUUGGGAAUGACGAGAUGGCGAAAGAUAAAGCGGUAAAGCUCUUGGCUGGAGAUGAAGCGAGCACACAAUCGACAGCUAUCAUUCAAACGAAUUCUUCGAUCGAUGAUGAGGCCGCAAAUGCGCACUUGUUGACGAAUUUGAAAUCGGUGAAAAUGAUCGCUUUGCAAUUCCGUGCCGAGCAUCGAAAAGGAUGGACUGAUCAAGAGAUCAAAGAAUGGGAGUUGAAAGUUGUUGAUAUAUUUCAAAAAAAACAUCCGUCGAAUCGAAUCAAACUCUUUGUGAUGUCUCAAUCGUAUAUUGAAACGGAAAUGGUUAGAGGAGGGAAAAUCAUGCUUCCAUUUCUCGUUGUCGGUUUUACGAUUAUGUGUGCUGUGAGUGUGGUGACGGUGUCCGUUCGAGCUUGGUACAUGAAUCAGACGAAUUGCUACAAGAUUGUACUUGCUGUAAUGGCUUGUUUGACUCCGAUUCUCGCUUGUACGACAGCACUUGCCUUGAUGUUUAUUGUGGGAGUGCGAUUCGCGUCGAUUCUCUGUGUCAUCCCGUUUCUUGUGCUUUCCAUUGGAGUUGAUUCUUCGUAUCUGAUGCUUCACGAAUGGCAAAGAGUCACAAAACAUGCCCGGGAAAACCCGAAAAAGAAAGACUCAGUCGGACAUCGAAUGAGUGAGGUGCUCUCAGAAGUCGGUCCAGCAAUUCUCAUCUCUUGUCUCACAAAUAUGUUUGCCGAUUUUGUCGGCUCUUUCACUUCCUCUUAUGAGAUUACUCUUCUCUGCACGGGAAAUAUGCUUUCAAUGUGGUUUGCGUUCAUUUAUCAGUUAACAUUCUACGCGGGUUUAAUGUCAAUUGUUGGGCGAUACGAGAUUGAUGAGGACAAGUCCGAGACACAAAUGGCUGUGAAUAUUGCCGAGCAAAGAGUGAACAUUGCAAGACAUCGACGAUCCACGCUACAGCGCCAACCCUCGAAAUUCCACGAGGUCACCAAGCCGAUCGCCUCAACUUUCUUCACGAGAUACGUGAAUAUCAUCUGUGCUCCAGUCACUUAUUUCUCAAUUGUUGGGAUUUAUUUCCUCUAUUUGGCGAUUUCCGUUUGGGGAAUCACUCAAAUUAACAUCAAUCUCACAGCAUCGAAAUUGUUUGCAGCUGAUUCCCCGCUAGUUCAGUUGGAUAACUAUCGAGUGAAAUACCAAGUUCCUUACUAUUCAAUGGCUACUGUUUUCGUGUCAAAUCCCGGGAAUCUCAGCGAGCCGGAACGAUUGAAAAAGAUGAAUCAGUUUGUGCAAGACUUCGAGCAUUUACCCGGCUCAUGGGGACCAGUCGGCACGAAAUAUUUCGCCCGUGACUUUCAGCGAUUCUUGAAAAAGUACAGCAAAGAGGAAGAGGACGAGGAUGGAGUUGGCGGUGGAGAUGAUCAGUAUGAUGAUUCGGAUUAUGAGGAUGAUGAUAAACCGAUCAAUUUCACCGAUCCAUCCUAUGUGAAUCCGAUGAAAUACAAGGAAAAAGACAUGGCUUUCUUCAUAAAUUGGCCCGAAUACGAGUACUGGAAAGGAUUCAUAAAGCUCAAAAAUAGUACAAGAGCCGAUGGUCUUCCCAUUCUCGAUCGUUUCUUUUUCACCGCUGGCUUUAGAGGAGAUCAAUUGAAAAUAUGGAUAAAUCGAGGGAAAAUGCUUCAACAAUGGCGCGAUGUUGUCGAUAAAUAUCCCGAAUUCCAACCAUCAGUCUAUCACGAGGAUGGAGUCUAUCUAGAUCUUAUCGAUAAUAUGCCCACCGAUACCUGGCAGUCAGUCCUCGGCACUCUCGUUUGUAUGGCAGCUGUAUGUUUCAUCUUUUUGAACAGUUGGUUCACCGUUGCCAUCGCCUCACUUUCCGUUUUGUCGAUUUGUUGUGGCAUUCUCGGAAUCUUGUCCUGGUGGGGCAUUGAUCUCGAUCCAAUCACAAUGGCCGCAAUGAUCAUUUCAAUUGGUUUCUCGGUGGAUAUCCCAGCUCAUGUCGCGUAUCAUUACUAUCAAGCGGCAAUCCAAGGUGGUCCAAACGCAACGCCAGCCGAUCGUUUAGCGAAUUGUUUAUCAUCGGUCGCUUUCCCGGCUCUUCAAGCAGCUUUCUCAACAAUUCUUUGCGUUUUAUCACUGUGUUUUGUUCACAUUUACAUGGCUGAGGUUUUCGUGAAAACGAUGAUCUUGUGCGUGUUGUUGUGUAAUUUUCACGGUCUUCUCUUUUUACCUGCUAUCCUCAUCACUCUCGACGAACUUCGAGGGCUGUGUAGACCAAAGAGUGUCACUCAGCAAUCCUCAACCGCAAGCCGAUCAACGCACUCUCGGGAAAACAAGCAACGCGGCAGGAAUGCUCCUGAGACAUCGAAAGUCACUGAUCGCCCAGAAGUC